CAUCCACAUUCUGCAGAACCUGGGUUGCCUUUGUUUGAUAUUUUAAGCAGGAUUGAAAAUUUGAGAGGGGUUUUGGGCAGAAAACGAAAAAGAGCUUCGUUUGACCAUACUGAGCAUGCUCAGAUGCACAGGGCAGGGUUCGUUGAGGGGAAGGGGAAAGCGCUGCUUGCUACACCGUCUUGUUCCGCGAUAUCCCGGUCACUCCUCCAGCCUUUGACUGUGGCCACCGCAGGCUACACAGCUCUGAUAGGUGCGCUGAUAGGCGGUCGCCUGAGUUUCUUCUGUGAUUGGCCAAAACCAAAGUUUAAGGCAGUCGCAUCUUUUUCUUCAUACCAGCACGAAGAUCAUGCAAGCACUGCAGUGGCGCUCGACACCCUCCAGCAGGCGACGCCCGUUUCUGGUGCAUCGUCUGCUUACCGGGAUGAAUUGGCACUGCCCAUCCACACCACCCCGUCGAUGCCCGGAAAAACAAAGAAACAUAAUGUGUUAAAGAAGUCCCUCCAGUGCCAAUAUGCUAUCAACAGCAAGGGGCCAGUGUGAGCGACUGACAUCAUUAAACAGCUGCCAAAGGCCCUGGGUCCACAGAGGGUCCCACUACUGAUUCUUGAUACCACCUAUCCCCCAUUGCCUUUGCAUGGUUGUGGCAGAGUGACUCUCUCGGGUCUCAGCCAGGCAAGAGGGGACCCAUGAAGAGCCGUUUCCUGAGGGCCUCCUGAAAUCUCGAGCUGGCUCAGCCUGCUAGAUGGUAUCUCUCAUCCUGAGGAGACAAGGCGGACAAGAGAACCUUUUCAGUGAUGGGGACUGCUUCAUCCUUGGUAAGCCCAAUAGGUGCCGUUGGCGAGGUCAUUGAAGACACAUAUGAAGGAGGUGGUGGUGAAGCCUGUGAGAUCCCCGUGGAAGUGAAACCCAAAGCCCGCCUUCUGCGCAGCUCCUUCCGCCGCGUUGGUACCUCCCGACCAGGAGGCCUUAUUGGCGCCAGCUUCAAAUCCACUGCCUCAGUACAAGAACUGGAGUGUAUGGCCGAGUAUGAGCGUCUGAAGAAGGAGUAUGAGAUCUUCCGCAUCAGCAAGAACAACGAGGUGGCCUCUAUGAUGAAGAAAGAGGCCAAGCUGGACAAGGAGAACAAGCGCCUACGGGCUGAGCUGCAGGCACUUCAGAAAACAUAUCAGAAAAUACUCAGAGAGAAAGAGAGUGCUUUGGAGGCUAAAUACCAAGCUAUGGAGAGAGCUGCUACAUUUGAACAUGAUCGGGACAAAGUCAAGAGACAGUUCAAGAUUUUUAGAGAAACCAAGGAGAAUGAAAUUCAGGAUUUGUUGCGGGCCAAGCGUGAGCUGGAGGCAAAACUGCAGAGGCUGCAAGCUCAGGGCAUCCAAGUAUUUGACCCUGAAGAAUCGGACUCUGAUGACAGCUGCACGGAAGUUGCUGCUACUGGAGCUCAGACUGAGUAUUGGAUUGGCGGAGCCUUGGGUAGUGAGCUUUCCAUGGGCAGCAUGAUGCAACUUCAGCAGUCUUUCAGAGGCCCUGAGUUUGCGCAUAGCUCCAUAGAUGUGGAAGGACCGUUUGCAAAUGUAAACAGAGAUGACUGGGAUGCUGCUGUUGCUAGUUUGUUGCAAGUCACUCCAUUGUUUUCCCACUCUUUGUGGAGUAACACAGUCAGGGUGUACCUCAUCAAUACAGGGGAAACUCAGACAGAAGUGGACAUCUUCAUGCAGAAAUAUUCUCCAAAACUUCAGAAAUAUUGUGAGAGGAUGGAGUACUUCUUCCAAGUAGUCCAUUUUCCAGUAGAAACUGACAAUUCUUUCCAGGCUGUAAGAAAAUGGGAAAUUGAAAAAAGCUCUUUAGCUGUUUUAUUCUUGCAUUUAACUUUGCCAAGCUGUCUGCUGGAGGAGUGUGAAGAAGCCUUUUUGAAAAACCCUGAAGGAAAACCCCGGCUUCUUUACCACCGACUGGAAGAGGGCCAGGUCAGUUCGGAUGCUGUGCAGCAGUUAAUUGAGCAAGUUCGUUGUGUGAACAAAGCAAAGAUCAUCAGCCACACAGGAGGACUGGAGGAAGGGGCAUGUGAAGUCUAUAAUUAUGUGGAAAAAACCAUAAAAGAGGAUAUCCUGGGCUGUGAAAUCACACAACUGGAAAGGAAAGAUGUGACAGAUCACGGUGACUCUUCUGUUCCCGAAGAGGAAAUUUUUGGAGAUGUGCUGUGGGAUGCACAUGAUGAACAGGAACAGAUGGAGGCUUUCCAGCAGGCAUCCAAUUCCACUUGUGAGCUAGGAUUUGAGAAAUAUUAUGUACGACUAAAUGACCUAGUAGCAGCUCCAGCACCUAUUCCGCCCCUUCUUGUAUCUGGAGGACCCGGCUCUGGGAAAUCUCUCCUCCUGUCAAAAUGGAUUCAGUUGCAGCAGAAGCAUACACCAAAUACACUUGUUCUGUAUCAUUUUGUUGGCAAGCCUAUGUCUAGCAGUUCGGAGCCUGCAUUGAUCCUCAAACGUCUCACAUUAAAGCUAAUGCAGCAUUCCUGGUCAGUUUCACCUUUAACCUUGGAUCCCACAAAGCUAUUAGAAGAAUUUCCUCGUUGGCUGGAGAAACUUUCCGCUCAUCACCAAGGCAGUAUUCUAAUAAUUAUUGACUCUAUUGAUCGAAUCCAGCAAGCAGAAAAGCAUAUGAAGUGGCUGAUUGAUCCCCUGCCAGUGAAUGUCAGAGUUGUAGUAUCGGUGAAUGUUGAAACUUGUCCACAAGCAUGGAGGCUGUGGCCAACUCUUCACCUUGAUCCGUUAAACGCCAAGGAUGUGAAAUCUCUCAUUAAUGAAGAAUGCAGCUGUGCAGAGGUGAAGCUGACUAAAGAACAGGAGAAGAAGCUUGAGAAACUCUGCCAUUCUUCUACAGCUUGCAGUGCCCUGUACAGCUCACUCUUGGGCAGAAUGAUAGCUAGUGCUCAAAGUGCAGAAAAUAUUGACGCAAUCCUUCAGAAGUGUUCCCAGUGCCAAGAUACAGUGUCUCUGUACAAGCUAGUUCUGGGAUCCAUUCAAGAAUCCUUGGAAAGUGAUAGAGACAGAACCCUAAUGAAAGAGAUUCUCUGCCUCACCAGUGUUAGCCACAAUGGACUAAGUGAGUUGGAGCUGAUGGAACUCUGCCCUGAACUGUCUUGGACAGUGCUGGCCUCCUUAGUUUACAGCUUGCACAAGAUGUGCUUUUUGACUUACGGCUGUGGCUUGUUGAAGUUUCGGCACCUACAGGCUUGGGAAACAGUAAGGCUGGAAUAUAUGGAAGAAGGUCAGUGCACUUUUGCUGCUUACAGAGAAAAACUGAUAGACUACUUUACCACACAGCUAAGCCAAGAGAGAGUGACUUGGCGCAGUGCAGAUGAACUCCCCUGGCUGUUCCAGCAACAAGGUGACAAGCAGAAAUUACAGAAGUGCCUGUUGAAUCUCUUUGUAUCCCAGAACCUUUAUAAAAGGGGCCAUUUUGCAGAGCUGCUAAGCUACUGGCAGCUUCUUGGAAAAGAGAAGAGCUCCAUGGCAGCAGAAUAUUUUAACUCUUUGAAGCUAUAUGAGAAAAACUGUGAGGGAGAGGCAAGCAUGAUCUCUCUGGCUGAUCUUUACGAGACUCUGGGACGAUUUCUUAAAGACCUAGGCCUUCUCAGUCAGGCGAUUGCUCCUUUGCAGCGCUCCUUAGAGAUUCGAGAGACUGCCCUUGAUCCAGAUCAUCCCAGAGUCGCCCAGUCACUCCAUCAGUUAGCAGGUGUUUAUGUGCAGUGGAAGAAGUUUGGCAACGCUGAGCAGUUAUAUAAGCAAGCUCUCGAAAUCUCUGAAAACGCUUAUGGAACUGAACACCCCAGGGUUGCUCGUGAACUCGAUGCUCUUGCCACAUUAUACCAGAAACAGAACAAAUAUGAACAAGCUGAACAUCUAAGGAAAAAAUCCUUCAAAAUUCAACAGAAAGCGGUGAGGCGAAAAGGCAGUCUGUAUGGGUUUGCCCUUCUUCGCCAACGAGCCCUGCAGCUAGAAGAACUCACUUUGGGGAAAGAUACGUCUGAUAAUGCUCGGACACUCAAUGAGCUUGGAGUUCUCUACUACCUCCAAAAUAAUCUUGAGACAGCAGAGCUUUUCCUAAAGCGCUCCCUGGAAAUGAGAGAACGGGUUCUUGGACCCGACCAUCCGGAUUGUGCCCAGUCUUUGAAUAAUCUAGCAGCUCUCAACAAUGAGAAGAAGCACUAUGAGAAGGCAGAGGAGCUGUACGAAAGGGCCCUCAACAUCAGGAAGCGGGCACUGGCACCGGACCACCCCUCUCUGGCUUACACUGUGAAACACCUUGCCAUACUCUACAAAAAGUUGAAAAAACACUCUGAAGCCUUGCCACUUUAUGAGCGGGCACUGAAGAUUUAUGAAGAUAGUUUUGGACGUAUGCAUCCUCGCGUAGGAGAAACAUUAAAAAACUUGGCUGUGCUGAGCUACGAAGGAGGGGAUUUUGAGAAGGCUGCUGAGCUAUAUAAGAGAGCCAUGGAAAUCAAAGAAGCGGAGACUUUGUUGACUGGUGGAAAAGCAGCUUCCCAUCAUUCAUCAAGUGGAGACACUCUCAGUUUGAAAAGUGCUUUCUCUCCCAACACUUUCCUGCCGCAUGGGCAAAGAUGAUGCAAACUGGUACAUGGAUAUAAGACAACACAUUCUUCACUAAAGGAGGCUCUCCACACAAGGGGGUUUGCAGGCAGAGCGGGCUUGGCCCGCUCUCCCCGCACAUGAGCAGUCAGCUCGCUCUGGGCGGUUGGAUUGGCCGCCCACAUGAUUACCGACUCCGUCAUGGAGCCAGUUGGGGCGGUGGAGAUUGAGGGCCUCCCAGCCCCCUGAAGUCCCAGAAUGCCCCACAUGAGUGUGUGGGGCAUUCUGGGGAGCCCCCCAUUGGGGGUCUACUCAUGAGUUGCCGCAGCACAGAGCCACGACACACAGCCAAAAAAACAACCAGGGUUAGUGGAGCGCACGCUCCGCUAACCUCGUUUAAGGGUGGGGGCAUUUAGGGAGGUUUGCUGUCAGGAGCUGCAUGGCUUCCAUUGCAGCACAUGAGCAGCAGAAACCGAGCUGAGCUCCCUUAGCCCAGUUUCUGCUGUUCAUGAGAAUAGCCUUAAGGGGUAUUUACACUAGUGAGUAAUAUGGCUUAUUCGUGGGAGAAGUACAAAUUAACACUAGUAGUGACUGAACAUAUAUCCAGAGCAUUUAAUUUUUUAGAUAAACAAUUAUCAGUAUUACUGAAUGUUGUGGACCCUUCCACAGAGUUAAAAAGUAGUGUUAGUUAAAACUGACAAGCCAGUCCUGAGCACACUAUGUGUCUUUAAGCCCCAUUGAUUGUGGAAGGAUUGGGCCACUUAGUUAUUAUUUACAGACUUCUAGAAUGCCUCAAACAUUGGGACUAGGUUGAUAGCACCCCUUGGUAGAGUUAUUUCACAACUGCACUGUAAGUCAGUUAUGGUGCUUGCCAAGUUAUCUUUCUAUUCAAAAGCAAUUUGAAUUAUUAAAACUUUAAGCAUACUAUAUUCUGUAAACAUCUACUCCAAAAGAGUGUGGGGUAGAAACUACUUGAUGAUCACUUGACUGUUAUGUGUAUCUUUUCCCCCAGGAAAUAUUGUGCCCUUGUAGGAAUAACAUGUUAUUGUGCCAGUGUAGGAAAUAAUUGUGAAUGAGAUGAGAUUGAUAGCUGGUAUGAGAUGAUAUUGAGUAUGAGAAGUCUUUAAGUAUAAAAGAAAAAUACUAUGUUUCAUAUCUUCUAUCCUGAAUGGAUGUAACUAUUUGGUAGUAAAUAGCAGCAGCUUUGAUCUCAAUGAGAUCUUUUUCAUUACUCCUUUUUUAGAGUUAAAUCUAAUACAAAGUAAGAUUACGGUAUAAUGGGAGGAUUGGAGGAUGCUGUAGUGCAAUCUUUUUCAUAUCAUAAACCAAGAAAUCUGUUCUGUAAGAAAUGCAGUUUUUAAAUGGAAAAUAUUUGUAAAUGUUAUCUUUUGACCAGCUAUUAUGAAGGACUUGUCACAACUGAACUAUCAGUUGAGUAAACUCUUAUUUUCCUAUUA